UAUUAGAAAUAUAUCUGCGAUUGUAAACGUGUUUCGCACUCGUGUCACCUAUGGAAGGGAGACGUAAUCAUACAUGAUUAUACUGAUAAGCGUAUUUCGACGUAUAUAUAUCAUCACACAGGAAAAUCACGGAAGGGUGAAUAAAGUUCAAAUCAGAGAUACGUUUGGUCACUUGUGCGAAAGAAUGCUUAGAACAAGAUUGUUACAACGGUGCCUGUCGCAUCACGUGCCUUUGAGCUGUAGAGCGAUGCAUCUCCUGAGGGAUAAUGCUUAUAUCAAUGGGAAUUGGAUAGGUGCCAGCAGCAAGCAGACGUUUCCUGUUUGCAAUCCAGUCGACAAUACCGUUAUUGCUCAUGUUCCUGAUAUGAACGUUGCCGAUACUCAAGUAGCCAUCAACGCAGCUGUCAAAGCUUUCGAGACGUUCAGUAAAACCACGGCGAAGGAAAGAAGCGAUUUGCUUAGAAAGUGGUACAAUCUAAUGGUCGAGCAUUCCGAGGAUCUGGCUCGUAUCUUGACCAAAGAGAAUGGAAAAUCUCUCGCCGAGUCGCGAGCGGAAAUUAAAUAUGGAAAUUCUUUUGUCGAGUGGUUUUCGGAGGAAGCUAGAAGAAUAGGAGGAGAAGUACUGCAGGCUCCUGCGUCGAACAGAGAAUUGUUUUUAUUAAGGCAACCAGUCGGCGUAGCUGCCCUAAUCACACCGUGGAACUUUCCACAUGCUAUGAUUACCAGGAAAGCGGGUGCCGCACUUGCCGCUGGCUGUACGUGCGUCGUUAAACCGUCCGAGGACACUCCGCUGACGGCACUGGCGCUAGCAGACCUCGCGGAACAGGCAGGCUUUCCAUCGGGGAUCCUGAACGUACUCACCACAAGUAUAACAAAUUCCGCUGCCGUCGGCAAAGAGCUGUGCGAAAAUCCAAAGAUAAGAGUGUUAUCGUUUACCGGCUCCACAGCUGUAGGAAAGAUCUUAUAUAAGCAGUGCGCCUCAACUGUGAAACGACUUGGCCUUGAAUUAGGUGGUAAUGCGCCGUAUAUCGUAUUCAAAUCCGCGGAUGUAGAUUUAGCUGUAAACAGCGCUAUGGCCAGCAAAUUUCGCAACACUGGUCAAACGUGUGUCUCGGCAAACAGGUUUUUCGUAGAAGCUGAUAUUUUCGACGAGUUUGUUAAGAAAUUUGUGGCAAGAAUUGAAAAAGAUAUCAAGUUGGGAGAUGGUAGUAAAGAGGGUAUCACUCACGGGCCGCUUAUUAAGAAAAGUCAAUUGGACAUGGUAGACGGUUUAGUAAAGGACGCAGUUCAGAAGGGUGCUAAGGUACAUUGCGGCGGAAAUCCAUUACCAGAUCUCGGACCAUUGUUUUAUGCACCUACUCUAUUAACCAAUAUAACGGAAGACAUGCAAAUUUACAACAAAGAAAUCUUUGGGCCCGUAGCUGUAAUUAAUAAGUUUUCCAGCGAGGAAGACGUGUUGAGACAAGCCAAUGAUACACCCGUUGGUUUGGCUGGAUACUUCUUCUCGCAGGACAUAUCACAGAUAUUUAGAGUUGCGCGUAAGUUAGAAGUCGGUAUGGUAGGUGCCAACGAGGGAUUAAUUUCAUGCGCGGAAGCCGCUUUCGGUGGGGUGAAAGAAUCUGGUUUAGGAAGGGAAGGUUCUAAGCAUGGGGUUGAAGAUUUUCUUGAUAUCAAAUAUGUAUGUGUUGGCAAUCUUAAAUACUAAUUAUAUAAAAUGCAUUUUGACCACCAGUCACUAUUAUUCUAGAAAUCAAAACAGACAAUAAUAGGCCAUAUAAUUUAAUAAUAAUAUAAUAUAUAAUAAUGAGAGAAAACUUCCGUAGUGUUCUAAGACUAUCAUUUUUGGCUAUGAUUAUUUAUAUGUAAUUUUAUUAUUAAUUUUGCUUUUAAUGGUUUAUGCUCUUUAUAAUAGUUGAUUAUAAGUUCUUGUAAUAAUAAAUGUUAAAAACAAUUUUAUUUUAUUUUUUUAAAACUCAAGGAGCUUUAUUUUA